GCAGGCCGGCUGGCCCAGAGAGAGGCAGGGUGCGGUAGAUAGAAGAUGAGUGGAGUUGGAGUUAGUGGUCGUCAGCAGGCCGGCUGGCCCAGAGAGAGGCAGGGUGCGAGCAGAGCCCAAGUGACAUCUCCAACAUGUCAGCACAGUGAGGUGGACAACACAUCCCGCCCUGCCCUCUGCACCCAAUCACAAGAUCAACAAGGACAAAGCUGUUUUCCCUCGACCCCCACACCACCCUGUCAGCCCCGAGACAAACUGCCGUUGGAUAGGGUGGAACUGUUCCGCAGGUAUCCUCUGCUGAGGAUCCUAUUCUAUUUCCAUACUUGAUACUCAUCCUUUGGACCUGAACUUGACUUUGACUCAGGCAGUCAUGGUUACUCCAGUGUUCUCCAUACUGGGCUAUAUCUACUCUCUGAGCCUCCUGCCUCUGCUGCUGCCUGGUUCAAGCCAGGGCAGUCCCAUCAUGUCACCUGAGGAGUUUCGAAGGGGCCCUGGGGCUAGAAGUCUGGUGGAUACCUCCAUGUUGGAGCAGAAUGAAGACCUGGACAUGCAGGACUUUCAGGGUCAGUUUCUGUCCACGUUGAACCUCACAGAGCUGGGCCCCCGGCCAAGGCCCCGUGCAGCCCGUAAAGAGCCACCAGAAUACAUGCUGGAACUGUACAACCGCUUUUCCAACGAUCGCACGGCCAUGCCCUCUGCCAACAUAGUGCGUAGUUUCAAGAAUGAAGAUUCCUCCUUCUACAGUGUGACGGUCAGGGGCGUGAGGACACACCCCCUGCUGUUCAACAUCUCCAUCCCCCACCACGAGCACAUCCUCACCGCCGAGCUCCGCCUCUACACCCUGGUUCAGAGGGAUCGCAGAUGCUAUGCCGGCCUUGACCGCAAGGUGACCAUCUACAAGAUCCACGAGGGGGGGCACAGGAGGAAAGAAGAGGGGAGGGACGGAAGAAGGAAUGAGCAGGAGACAGACAAAAUGGAGGAAAUGGAAGAGCUGGCAACCCGGCAAUUCUACGGUAAAGACGAUGCCUGGAUUACCUUCGACCUGACCCAUCAGGUCAACCUUUGGUGGAAGGCAGAGAGCUCCACCCACCGACUGGAGGUCCACAUUGCAAGUCUGGGUUCUGAUGGUGGGAAGACCCCCCAGGUCAGAGAAGAGGAUGGAAGGAAAGAGUUGGUUGAUGUGGAUGUUGACAUGGGCUCAGAUGGUAAACACAUGCCAGUGGUGAUUGUGUUCUCAGAUGAUCAGAACAGAGACCAUCGUGAGGAGGACAAGCGGGAGCUCAACCAGUUUACAGAACAUGAGAAUGACCUGCCGGCUGACCUGGAGCCGAGUCCACAGGCGAAUUGGGGGUACCAGGCUGUGAGCGAUGCUAGGAACACUGAUGGAGAGGAGCUGGACGAGGAGACUCUCAUGCAACUGCACUCCAACCUCAUUUACGACACGCCUCCCCGAAUCCGCCGCAACACCAAGGGUGACCCCUGUAAGAAGACCCCACUCUAUGUGGAGUUUAAGGACAUUGGCUGGGAUACCUGGGUCAUACAGCCCCUGGGCUAUGAAGCCUAUGAGUGCAAUGGUGUAUGCAACUACCCUAUGACCUCUGAGGUCUCGCCUACCAAGCACGCCAUUGUCCAGAGUCGGCUGAGCAGUAAGAUUCCACAGAAGGCGUCACCAGCCUGCUGUGUUCCCACCAAGCUAGAGCCCAUCUCACUCCUUUACGUCGAGGACGGAGGAGUGGUCACCUACAUGCACAAAUCACGUUUGUCUCUGCAAUACAUCAAACCUCUCCAAUUGUAGAAAACAGAAGCAGAAAGGUACAGAUGAUGCACAGAGCCAUAGAGUAAGUUUGUUUGCUAAAUGUUAUUUUUCCUGAAUACAUAAUACUGUCCAUGUCCAUAGAACCAAAUGGUUGUUUCAAAUCCAUUCUAUCCACUUAUUUGUGGGGUAAUCUAUUUGCCCCAGUCUGACUCACACUCCCUCCCACCCCACAAUCACACUUCCUUCUAAAGCCACAUGCCACGCGAGCCGCUUUCUCCCCCUCCCCACCUCAAUGUGAUGGUGAUAAAGAGGUGUCAGGGCCUGGAGACUUGUAGACCAUCACUCAGGAUGAGACGCUAUUCCAAGUGGUGAGCAGUUGGGAGAGGGUGCUGUCAGAUUCCUGGGCCCCAACACCAACAAUCUCUAUGGACAAUCCACCCCCCAGCCAGCCUCUCUGUAUUGGACGUUCUCUCUCUACCCACCACUGCCUCCCACCUCCCUUGUCUGACAUGACCACUCGGCAGACCUAAUCAUGGCUUUGUCUACAGGACAGAUGGAAAAACACAUGUCACAUCAUUACCCAGUUUCUGUUGUCAGUGAACUGAAGGAGAGACAACCUCUAUGGAAUAACGCUGAAUGACUGAGUCCAGAUUUGCACUUCACUGCCAUGCAUUUGUGAAUCACAACUAUACUGUACUUACCUAUGGGGCUGUUUCAGAUAUUAUUUCAGAGUACUCACUUUAUGAAUUAUGAUGGUUAUUUAUUUUGUCAAUUUCAUUUGACAUUUAAUCCUGUGGCAAUUAAUUAUCUUCAGGAAAAAUAAACUGUUUUGCAGCAUGAA